CUGACUUCUAUUUUUACAUAAAGCAACCUAAGCGGUACUUAUGUGUGCGUGUAUGCUGUGCUAUGCUGUGUUGCUACGUAUUAGUUUCUUCCCUUCUUUCUUUUCUUACCUUUUUCUUCUGCUCUCUGAACACUUUUUUUUCCAAUUCGUGCUGUGUCCGAAUUGCGAAUCUUUCUGUGAAUUUUGAGAAACGGCAUUAGCAACCUCCUCGAUCGGUAGAAUUUCUCGAUAAAUCCCAAAAAGGGCGCUGGUCUCUAAAAAAAUACGAUGGCAGAAAUAAAAAAAGACGGCUACUUGCAAGUGAAAGAAGACGGGCUGCGAGCAUGGAUGUGGUCCAAGCGCUACGUGGUCCUGCGUGAGCAAACCUUAACAUUCCAUCGCAACGAGCAAACCGGUCAAUGCGUUGCGUUGAUAUUCCUUAAAGACAUCAACACCGUUGCUCGUGCAGAACUAAAGUCAUACUGCUUUGAGCUCGGAACAAAGGGCAAGAGCUACUACCUUGCAUGCAAGAGUGACGAGGAGCUGUACUCAUGGAUGGAUGAGAUCUAUAAUCGCUCUCCACUCGGAGCCUCAGGACCAACUAAUUUCGUCCACAAAGUUCACGUUGGAUUUGAUCCAAUCACGGGGGCUUUCACAGGCCUACCUGAUCAAUGGAACGCGUUGUUGAAAGGAUCAAAGAUCACGGCAGAGGAUGCAGCAAAAAACCCACAGGCGGUGCUGGAGGCAUUGGAGUUUUACACAGAACAGGCACGAAAAGAAAAGGAAAAGGAGGAAUAUCAGCAACAGGAGCAACAACGGAAAAAGUUGCAACAACAGCACCAACAACAACAUCAGCUGAAGCAACUACAGCAGCCCAAGUCCAGUCGUUCCACACCAGCACCAAGGCACAUUCGCGAAGCACCCGCACGGCCACCUGACGUACCCAGCAACAAAGACGUACAAGCGCUUAUGGAAAAGCUCAAACUGUCACAAGCACCAGGCAGCAAUAGCAGCAGCGGCAAGUCAGCUGACGCACCGCCACAAUCCCAACCACAACCACCGCCAGCAUCAUCUUCAUCUACAUCGUCAGGAGCAGCAACGGCGCCAGCAGCAAAAGUGCUUCCAGAGCCAUCACCCCGUCUUCCAAAGCAACGAAAGCCGCAAACUCCCCCGACACCACAGCCGUCGCUAGUACCAUCUCAAGUGCCUUUACCUCGUUCCACGCUCAAGAACAAAACAUCCAUACCAGCAUUACACAAGCAACAACAGCAACAACAACAGCAGCAGCAGCAGCAAAGCAAGCUAGCUUUACGUGCAUCUGAAAAAUCACGACUUGAACGAGAAAAGGAGCGCUUAAAACAAUUAGCCAUUGUUCUGGAUAAAGAAAGCGCAGAGCUCAAGGCAGCAAAUACGGCCAAGACGGCUCAACAGCAGCAACAGCAGCCCCAGUCAAUACCUAAAAAGAAAGAAAGCAAUACGCAACUACAAAAGAUCAAGUCAACGAAAAAGAUACAACCGCAACCUCAAGCAUCCACGCCUGUGCCGGUCACUACGUCGACCAGCACAACCACGACUACAAGCGACAGGAAAAAACAACAGUCCAGAAAGCAGGAGCAGCGGAUCAGUACCAUGAGCGAUGCGCAAGUCAUGGAAAGACUACGGUCAGUUGUGUCCACUGGUGAUCCAAAUACAUUAUACAAGCGGAGCAAACGAAUUGGACAAGGAGCAUCUGGUUAUGUCUACUUGGCAAAUCACUUGGUCACAGGCAGCAAAGUAGCAAUCAAAGAAAUGGAUCUGAGCAAGCAAUCUCGACUGGACCUAAUAGUAAACGAGAUCAUGAUCAUGAAAGAGUCGCGACAUGAGAACAUUGUCAAUUUCCUGGACAGCUUCCUGGUCCGUGGAGACUUGUGGGUCGUCAUGGAGUAUAUGGAAGGAGGAGCAUUGACGGAUGUGAUUGAAAACAAUACAAUGACCGAACAACAUAUUUCUGUUGUUAGUGCCGAGACGGCCAAAGGACUACAUCACUUGCAUUCACAGAAUAUCAUCCAUCGAGACAUUAAAUCCGAUAAUGUGUUGUUGAAUUUCCAAGGCCAGGUCAAGAUCAGUGAUUUUGGAUAUUGUGCUAAACUGACUGACCAGCGCAAUAAGCGUGCUACUAUGGUGGGCACUCCGUAUUGGAUGGCUCCUGAGGUUGUCAAGCAGAAAGAGUAUGGUGCCAAAGUCGACAUAUGGUCCUUGGGUAUCAUGGCUAUUGAAAUGGUCGAGAGCGAGCCACCUUACUUGGAUGAAGAGCCAUUAAAAGCGCUCUAUUUGAUUGCUACGAACGGUACGCCAUCUCUCAAGAGUCCAGAUCAAUUAUCGCAGGAUCUUAAAAGCUUCUUGGCUGUAUGUCUGUGUGUGGAUGUCAAAUCGCGUGCCACAGCCGCUGAAUUGCUACAGGUAAUUAUAAAAGAGGAAAGAAUGGCUCUAUUAGUUGAGAUUUGGAGACAUGGGAUAGGAAUAUACAAGGCAAAUGAAAAAUCUAAUACAGGAAUAUCUUUUUUCUGAACUUAGCAUGACUUUUUGAAAAAGGCG